ACAGAAGAACCCGCCAUCCCCGAAGUUGCAGUUGGUUCCUCUGAACAUCAAGUAAUAAAGACUGAAACGUCGACUUCUGAAGCUGAUCUCUGCGCAUCUUUACAAGCUUGUAUCACAAGCACCUCGCCCUCUCACGCCUUGAAAUCUUACCGUGAUAAUUUAACAUCUGCUUAUUCUCUUGAAGACACUGCUUCAAUCGGUAAAACUUCAGUUGUGAUUCGUAAACCUACUGGUGUUGAUAAACCGGCGACGGGGCUGGCUGCGAUUAAAGUGGAAGGACCGAUUGAUGUUUCCAGCGAGUCUAUUCCUCCUACCUCAUCAGAUCAUGAAAUUCCAGCUGAUACUGCUGAGAUGAAAUGUAAUUCAGAAAAUGCAACCCAAGUUAUCCCUUCUGAGAUUUCUACGCCUACUGCAAUUGAAUACUUUGAAAGCACACAACCGAGCCCUACGCCGACUGAUUCUUCGAUUUCAACGCUUGGAGGGGGAGAUAAAAAGAAAAAGAAGAAGAAGAAGCAGGUUUGUCGAAAAACUACGGCAUCCUCACCUGAAAUUAAUACUCCUCUUGUCCAUCCCGCUUCUCCCUCGCCCACGCCAAAUUUGCCGUCAAUAUCUGCGGAGUUGAACAGGCUCAAGUUUACUAAUCCAGGAAAAAUGAAUGAGGAGAUUUCUUUCACCUGGAAUCAUGGAAACGUCACGAGGGGAUUUAGACGACAGCAUACGCAAACUGCUUCAACUAAUAGUUCGGUAAAUGGUUCCGAAACGACAGAUUCAGCUUCAAUCAACUGGACCCAAGAGGAAGGCUACAUGGCCCGAGGUCAUGUCAAACAGAUGGAAAUGCAUGAUCAGCUGUGCAGAACCAACAGUUUCGAUCCUCCCCUCUAUGAUUCGCGAGGUCUAAUUUUGGCUACCAUGGAGGAUCGUUGUGAUUGUAUGCGUCUGGGGUGUCCUGGAUGCUUCUUGCCGUGUCGACGUUGUCAUAAGACGAAAUGCGGACCUCUUUGUCGUAUCCUGCGAAACUUCCAAUAUGAACAGGCAUGUUUAGCCAUAUAUACGUACACAGUGGUUGAAUUAGUCUUAGUAGUGGCGGAGGUCUAUCUCUAG